AAUGACAAGCACUUCUGCCAUUACUACAUCGUCUACCGCUUCUACCACUCCAUCCUCGACGACCUCUGCAAAUACCAAUAAAGAGAGUCAAUAUGGUAAUGCUUGCUCUUCUAAUAGUGAGUGUACAAUUAAUUACAGCAUAUGUCUAGGUGGUGUGUGUACAUGUGAAGCUGGCUACAGACAUGAAACAGCAACCGGGAUGUGUGUUGAAACAUGCUCAGAAUAUGGUACUACAUUUAUUGAAUAUGUCGGAUUUGGCCUGUAUACAGCCGACUUGACAUCUGAUGGAGCUUUGUCCAUCACAAUAUCGGAGUGUAUGGAUUUAUGUACCACAACAACAGACGUUCUUUGUCUCGGUUUUAAUUACGCUUAUUCCCGUUGUAAACUGAAAUCAGGAUCACCACUUACGCAUUCAAGUUCUUAUGACGCAAAUUCGGCCUUUAGUUACUUUUCCAGGAAUUGCCUCUGAAAAUUAACAUGCAGUAUUUUUUGUUGAAUAGAGUUUUACUAAUAAUAAAAG